AUGGGCACGGUGCUGUCUCUGUCGCCUGCCUCCUCGGCCAAGGGCCGUCGGCCAGGCGGGCUGCCGGACGAAAAGAAGAAGCCGCAGCCCUCGGCUGGGGAGGAGUCGCUGGGAGGCUACGGGCAGCUGCCGUCGGGUAAAGGAGGCAAGGGCGAGAGCCGGUUGAAGCGGCCGUCGGUUCUCAUCUCAGCUCUCACCUGGAAGCGCCUGGUGGCCGCGUCCGCGAAGAAGAAGAAGGGCAGCAAGAAGGUGACGCCCAAGCCCGCUCAGGCUGGCUCAGACUUACUGGUCCAGCAGCGCAACCGCGAGAACCUUCUCCGCAAGGGCCGGGAGCCCCCAGAUGGUGGCGGCGCCGCCAAGCCCCUGCCGGUCCCUGUGCCCACCGUGCCCACUACCGCCGAGCCGUCCUCCGGAGUCAGUGUCUCGGCCCCGCCGGGCUCGGGAGGGGGAGGAGGGAAGCCGCCUCCGCCGCCGCCGCCUGCGGCCCCCCAGGCUCCCUCAGUCCCUGGAGGUUCCCCGCGACGGGUCAUCGUACAGGCCUCCACCGGCGAGCUGCUACGCUGCCUGGGCGACUUUGUAUGCCGGCGCUGCUACCGACUAAAGGAGCUGAGCCCUGGGGAGCUGGUGGGCUGGUUUCGAGGGGUGGACCGGUCCCUUCUACUGCAGGGGUGGCAAGACCAGGCGUUCAUUACCCCGGCCAACCUGGUGUUCGUGUAUCUGCUGUGCCGGGAGGCGCUGCGGGGGGACGAGCUGGGCUCGGCCGCCGAGUUGCAGGCUGCCUUCCUCACCUGCCUCUACCUCGCCUAUUCCUACAUGGGGAACGAGAUCUCCUACCCGCUCAAACCUUUCCUUGUCGAGCCGGACAAGGAGCGCUUCUGGCAGCGUUGCCUGCGGCUGAUCCAGAGGCUCAGCUCGCAGAUGCUGCGACUCAACGCCGACCCCCACUUCUUCACCCAGGUCUUUCAGGACCUCAAGAACGAGGGCGAGGUCGGUAUCGGGGCUGGGGGUCCCACGGGCGGUGCCGCCACCAACGCCAGGGACAGCAACGCCGGAGCCAAGCACUGGACUAUGAAUCUGGACCGCUAG